CAUUGAUUUCGUUUAAAACAAGGACCCUUUCUCUCGAUUAAUUCUCAACAACCAUACGUUAUAUUCACUUAAAAAAAAAAAACAACCCUACAUUAUAUUGAAAUAUCAGUUCUUCAAAAUAUUGCAGGAAUUAAAGAUAUCACACUUUAACCAUCAUGUCAAAGAGAAAUGUAACUCUGUCUGCCAAUGGUUCCAAUAUUAUAAUGGACAAUGGAUUGGUACGGCUUACAAUAAUGAAACCACAAGGACUGCUGACCGCCAUAAAGUAUGCAGGAAUAGACAAUUUAUUAGACCUCAAAUCCAACCAACUUAACCGAGGUUACUGGGACAUAAACUGGAACUUGCCAGGAGGCCAGGACCGAUACCAAUUGCUAAGAGGAUCCGAAUACAACGUGAUAAACUUGAGCAACGAUAACGUGGAGGUGUCGUUUAAGAGUAGCUACGAUCCUUCGAUUGCUGGGACUAGACUUCCCCUCAGUGUAGAUCAGAGAUACAUUGUAAGGAGUGGAGUAUCGGGUUUCUACUGCUACGCCAUCUACGAGCGGCCUCAAGGAUGCCCUGCAUUCGAUCUUGCUCAAACACGAAUGGUCUUUAAGCUGCAUCGCGACAGGUUUCAUUACAUGGCGAUCACGGACGAGAAACAACGCAUAAUGCCAAUGCCAGAUGAUCUGUUGCCAGGGAGAGGCAAACAACUUAUUGUACCUGAGUCUGUUUUGCUUCUUAAUCCCAUUAAUCCAGACCUCAAGGGAGAGGUUGAUGAUAAAUACCAAUAUUCGAUGGACAACAAGGAUGGUGGGGUCCAUGGAUGGAUAAGCUCCAACCCUAGUGUGGGCUUCUGGAUCAUCUUCCCCAGCCAUGAGUUUCGCAAUGGCGGGCCCACCAAGCAAAAUCUCACGUGCCACACCGGUCCCACUUGCCUCGCUAUGUUUCACGGAAGCCACUACAUUGGGGACGACAUGGUUGCUCAUUUCGAACAAGGUGAAGUAUGGAGAAAGGUGUUGGGCCCCUUCUUCGUCUACCUCAACACCACCAAAGAUGUUUCCCAGUCUUACAAUCUAUGGACAGAUGCAAAGAAGCAGAGGCUAACGGAGGAGUCGUUAUGGCCGUACGAUUUCAUCUCUUCACCAUAUUAUCUUACGUACAAGGAGCGCGGCUCUGCUACAGGAAGACUCUUUGUCCAAGAUAGAUAUGUUUCAGAAUCCCUCAUUCCUGCUAAGUCUGCAUUUGUUGGGCUGUCAGCUGCAAGAACGGCGGGCUCUUGGCAAAUCGAAAGCAAGGAUUACCAAUUCUGGGUGCAGACAGAUAUAGAGGGAAACUUUAGCAUAAAAAAUGUUGUACCAGGAGUUUAUGGCCUUCAUGGGUGGGUUCCAGGGUUUAUUGGUGAUUACCUCAACCAACAACUCCUUACAAUCUCUGCAGGAUCAGAAACACAGGUAGGUAAUGUGAGGUACGUGGCUCCACGAGAUGGCCCAACCGUGUGGGAGAUUGGUUACCCUGAUCGCACCGCAGCUAAAUAUUUUGUGCCAGAUGUCAACCCCAUCUAUGUCAACAAGUUGUUCCUCAACACCCCCGAAAAGUAUAGACAAUAUGGACUAUGGGAUAGAUACACAGACUUAAAUCCCAAGUCUGAUCAAAUCUAUACUAUAGGCGUGAGUGAUGCAAAGAAAGACUGGUUCUUUGCUCAUGUGGAUAGGAGGAUUGGAGACAAUAAGUAUGUUCCAACAACGUGGGAGAUCAGAUUCAACCUGAAAUUGGUUGUUGCAGGAAUUUACAAGUUGAGAUUGGCUCUUGCCUCAGCCACCCGCUCCGACUUGGAGGUUCAUGUUAAUCAAAUGAAUGCUGAGCAACUAGUGUUUCAAGUGAUAAAUUUGGGAGCCGACAACGCAGUUUGUCGACAUGGAAUCCAUGGACUUUACCAGCUUUUUAUUGUUGAUAUUUCAUCGACAUUGUUGAUCAACGGCGACAAUUGCUUGUUUCUCACCCAAGCAAGGGCUGGUGAUGCACUUUGUGGAAUUCUUUACGAUUACUUAAGGCUAGAAGCUCCAUCAAAUUGAUCGAUGUGCAUGAAGAGAAAUAUCUUCAUUAUGUAAAUCAACUCCAACCAAAACUUGACUAAUUAUCAAUGUAAUCACCUGCAAGAUAUAGAACAUGACAUGAUUGAAUGUAAUCCCUGGCUUUUUACUUGUGUUAAAUUAUUUAGUUUUAGUGAUAUGAAAAUAUGAUAUUGUCAUGC